GAAACGUUGCGUUAGGCACUUGCUUUUGAUGGCGUUCGAUUAAUGUUUCUGUUCUUCUUCUUCUUCUUCUUCUUCUUCAUCGUUGAUUUAACGUACUCCGAUCGCUCUGUCUCCCACAAAGUUUCGAUCUUUAUGAAUGGCCAAUUGAAAAAAAUUAUCUAAAAACCCAAAUGGCGAAGCGAGUUUACACGACCGAGUUGGGCUGCAUAGCUUGCGAAGAUCUGAGCGAACUCGGCGCUGGGAAGGAAGGCUGGCUCGUCGACAAUCCCAACCUCAUAUGCGCCCUCGACACUCACUCUCUCGCUCUCGCCAACCGAAUUCUAAUUCUGAUGAUCGGCUGGUCCGAUUCGGAUGGCUCCCGGGUCAAAAUCAGACCCGAAUUGUCUCCGAUCGAGGCCGAGUACAUCUCAGCUAUUGAGUGGUUGGUGUUCGAUGAUAUUCGGGUGAUUGUGGUCGGGACCUCUUCUGGGUAUUUGCUGAUUUACUCUUUGACUGGUGAAUUGAUUCACAAACAGAUGAUACAUCCUGGAAGGAUUCUGAAGUUGAGAGUUCGUGGUACAAACAGAGAUUUGAUCCAAGAAACAUCCUCGGAGGAGGUUUGCGUUGUUAUGCUGGGUGUAAUUGCCCGUUUUGAUGGUUCUGAGAUUAAGAGCAUGUUGCAACAAUGGUUCCAAGAAUCAUAUUCUCGGUUUUGGGAACAAAAAUCAAGAAAGCGUGAUUCAGAUGAUGUGGGAAAUUCUUAUAGAAGAUUGCCUUACCAGUUGUGGAAUGUUAGCAAGCAUGGGACUUGUGCUGAUGCAGCAAUUAGUGGGAUAAUGCCUCCACCUUUGAUGGAAGUCCAGUCAAGUCAACGCUAUUAUUGUGCAAUCACUGUUGGACAGGAUGCUGUGAUCUCAGCCUUCAGGCUUUCAGAGGACAAAAGUAGGUCUCUAGUGGGAGCUAUCUUAUCCAAAGUUGUUCCUGCAACAUUUUCAACGAUAGCUUCUUUUUCUAAAAUGAUAUGGCGGAGUGAACAAACAUCACCAACAAAAUCAGAUGUGAAGAUUCAACCAUUUGCUCGAGCGUCUCAACUGACAUCUUUGAAGGAUUACCCAAGAAAGGGUGAGAAGCUCACCUUGUCUCCUAGUGGUACAUUGGCAGCAAUAACAGAUUCGCUAGGUCGUAUAUUGCUCUUAGACACUCAAGCACUUGUGGUGGUGCGGUUAUGGAAGGGAUAUCGUGAUGCUAGCUGCUUAUUCAUGGAGAUGCUAGUCAAUAGAGAUGCUGCAGGGUCUAGUUCUACUUUUCAUGAGCCUCUCAAGAGUGACUAUUGCCUGUGUUUGGUUAUACAUGCUCCUCGAAAAGGAAUUCUUGAGAUCUGGCAGAUGAGAACUGGACCUCGGCUUCGGACCAUUCCAUGUAGUAAAGGCAGCAAAAUAGUUCAACCAACUUACAGGUUUGGAUCAUCUGUAGGCUCUCCAUAUGUCCCUUUAGAGGUAUUCUUGUUGAAUGGUGACUCUGGUCAAAUUUCAAUUUUAAACCGAACCCUGAAUCCUGGUGUAAAAAAUUAAAGCAUUUGUAACAUUUGUCAUUGAUUACAGAUUUAUAUUUUUUUGCUUGAAUAUUGAUUGAAGAUAAUUGAUGAUAUUUCUGAUGGA